CCGCCACGGUGCCCGACAUAGACACCACCAUGAGCCCAGUCGACGAGCACGAUAACGAGCACGACAAUUCCCAGUCUCAGGCGCACUCGCCCACCGAGUCCGACUCUGGGUACACUACGUACCCCGUCCGACGACGCGCGACUGCCGUGUUCGCAAAGGACUGGCAGCUCCGCGCUUUGAAGCGGCUGUAUAUGCAGACGGCGCGUCCCACCGAGGCGCAGAAACGCGUCGCAGCCGCUGAGACGGGAUUGGAUACUCGAUGGAUCGGAAGCUGGUUCCAGAGGCAGAAUAAUCCUAAUCGGAAGGGCUCGUUGGCCCACCAGGCGAUGUGCGACGCCAAAACCGCCCAUGCUCAGGGUCACGGUCCUCCGUCUAAACAACCUGCUCAUCGAUCCUCUUCCAUGCCUUCCCAUCCUGGGCCUCAUGCUUUCACCCACAAUACCUUCUCGAGCAUCAAUCCUGACUUUGCUACGCAUAUGAGCACCGCGGAGUAUCACGACCAUCUCCGACGCGCCGAAAUGGAACGUCAAAGACGCGAGGCGCUCUUGCAACACGAUGGUGAAAGGGUGCCGCGGACACUCAUAGGACCUGGCAUACAUCCUUCUAUGUUCCCCGAACGUCGGUCUUCGUCUAGCAGUCUCAGCCGUGGCGGUUCCGGCCCCCGUCCCUGCAAAGAUGACACGCGUGCAUCUCACUCUGCUCAGUUUGCUUCUUCGUCUGAUCACGCUCGCUACGCUGGCGUUGACGCCGCAAACUCUCCGCCUUCGCCUACCGAUUCUCACUCUGCGGAUUCUCCCAAUCCGGAUGUGUUCUUGACUUCGCAGGGCAAUAUGUCUUCUGGGUUCGCUAUGCCUUUCUCCGACUCGCCGGUCUUUUCUGCUGGUCACGGUCCCGGCGCGUUCAAUGUUGACAAUCCCCAUCACCACGACCACGGACAUAUGUAUCCUCAUUCUUUUGUGAACUUCACGCCCGAAGCGUAUCAGCACCAAUACCACC